CCGAAAUCAAGAGCGGCAGCGAAGCAAGAAAGGCAGCAGCCGUCGGUCCUCUAGCAACAGACCUCCAUGGCGGCGACGGCGUUUGCGGCGUCCUCAACGGCUGCCGCAGUGCUGGGCGGAGCUCGCCUCCCUGUACCCGGCUCCGCCGUCCUCAUCCCGCCGCGACCUCGCCGCUACUCGUCCCUGCCUCUCCCCCUUUCCUCCUCCCACUCCCAUGAUGUUUGCAGGUUUUCUUCGCUCCGGGUAAGAGCAUCUUCAUCAUCAGAAGAGUCAUCUGGCUCUGUUCAAACUGAUGAGCUCCUGGCAGAUUUGAAGGACAAAUGGGACUCGAUUGAGAACAAAUCCACGGUCUUCUUGUAUGGCGGAGGUGCAAUUGUUGCAGUGUGGCUAUCUUCCAUAAUCGUCGGUGCUGUCAACUCAGUUCCUCUGCUUCCAAAGAUCAUGGAAUUAGUGGGGCUUGGAUACACUGGAUGGUUCGUAUACCGUUAUUUACUUUUCAAGGAAAGCAGAAAAGAAUUAGCCAGUGAUAUUGAAUCUUUGAAGAAGAAGAUUGUCGGAACAGGUGAACAACUGUAGUUAGCCGGCAAUAUCUGAGGAUUCUCUUGAUGACCUCUCUAAGAUGCAUUGAUAGCAUAUCAAACAGCGCCUUAUGCUAUUCCUGAGAAUUUUCCUCCUUGUAAUGCCGAUAAAAAAAGUUAUUAAUUAUUAUUUAUAGUUA